GAUACACUUCCCGCUCUUACAUUUGACCCCACAGCAAGAGAGCCUCAUAUCUUUUUAUUUUUCUUGUUCAAACCCCUAUACUGGCACGAAAGUGGUCUUCUUUUACAGAUUUGAAUUUUUCAAGGUUCACAAAUUCCGGGAUUUUCUUUUAGUCGCGGCAUCGAGAAGCUUAAGUUAGUCCAUUAAAAUUAUAAUCCUGUCAUACUCCACCCCACUCCCAUCACCGCUGGCAACGCAACCCCCCUUAACGUCAAUAUACCUAGUAUUAGGAGUACAUAGUUUAGUAGUCCCGUCAAAACCCCCCUACAAGCGAUGGCGAAGCAGCCCGGCCCCCUCCUCGCCAUCGGCUGCGAGGGCAGCGCCAACAAGCUCGGGAUCGGGAUAAUCUCGCACGACCCGGUCACCGGCAAGACCGCCGUCCUCGCCAACCUGCGGCACACCUUCGUCUCGCCGCCGGGCACGGGCUUCCUGCCGAAGGACACGGCGCGGCACCACCGCGCGCACUUCCCGCAACUGACCAAGUCUGCACUCGCCGCCGCCGGCGUGACCGACCCGUCCGCGCAGCUGUCCUGCGUGUGCUACACGAAGGGUCCGGGGAUGGGCGCGCCGCUGCAAUCCGUCGCCGUGGCGGCGCGCGCGCUGGCGCUGAUGUGGGGGCUGCCGCUCGUCGCCGUGAACCACUGCGUCGGGCACAUCGAGAUGGGGCGCGAGAUCACGGGCGCGCAGAACCCGGUCGUGCUGUACGUGUCGGGCGGCAACACGCAGGUGAUCGCGUACGCCGAGCGGCGCUACCGCAUCUUCGGCGAGACCCUCGACAUCGCCGUCGGCAACUGCCUCGACCGCUUCGCCCGCACCCUGGCCAUCAGCAACGACCCGGCCCCGGGCUACAACAUCGAACUCCUCGCGCGCCGCUCCGCCGGCCGGAAGUUGCUGGACCUGCCCUACGCCGUGAAGGGCAUGGACUGCAGCUUCAGCGGCAUCCUCACGGCGGCCGACCUGCUGGCCGCGCAGAUGAAAGAGCAGCGGGAGAAGAUCGCGCGGGGCGAGGACGUCGCCGAGGAAGACCGGUUCGGGCCCGAGGACUUGUGCUUCAGCCUGCAAGAGACGGUGUUUGCGAUGCUCGUGGAGAUCACUGAGCGCGCGAUGGCGCACGUGGGGAGUAAUCAGGUACUUAUCGUGGGCGGCGUGGGGUGCAAUGAACGGCUCCAGGAGAUGAUGGGACAGAUGGCGAAGGAGAGAGGUGGGAGCGUGUAUGCGACUGACGAGCGCUUCUGCAUCGACAAUGGUAUUAUGAUUGCCCAUGCUGGUCUGCUGGCAUAUGAGACUGGGUUUCGUACGCCGUUGGAGGAUAGCACUUGUACGCAGCGAUUCAGAACAGAUGAAGUUUACGUCAAAUGGAGAGAUUAAAAUAACCGAUCAU